UAAAUUGAGACAAUGGACAAAUAUCGAUCUAGACUGAUAUUAUGUUUUUGAUUUGGAACAUAAGCCAAAAUUUAGUCACGAAAUGAUUUGAUAAAUUGCAAACGGUAAAUUUUUAUAUUUCAAAAUUACUUCAGAAUCAAAUUGUGGAAAUAUUAGGUCAUACUGAGCAACCAGGAUGGGGCUUCUUACAUUCGCGGGAAGAAUUGUUCUUGUUGUCCUAAAUAUUAUCUUUAUUCUUUUAUCACUGACACUUGUCAUUGGCGGAUUUAUUCUCCGAUUCGCCCAUGAAACUUUACGACCAAUUGUAAAGGAUGUUCUUGAUAAAAUCAAUGAUGCCUCGGAUGAUGUCUACAGCACCAAUAUUAACACAGACGCGUUUGAACUUGGAAGUGUCGUCAGUGACAUUGCUACAGUAAUGAUAGUUUUAGGACUUGCUCUUCUCGUUCUGUCUUUUGUCGGCUGCUGCGGUGCAUGCUGCAAUUUCACAACAAUCAUGCUGGUGUAUUCGAUUAUUUUGAUUGUGAUUCUGUCAGCUCAAGUUAUAACGAUCAUCAUCUGCUUUGGUUUCCCGGAUGAGAUAAAGAAAAGAAUACGACCAGCAAUGAGGGAUUCCCUUGAUGAAUACCAAGGUCUUAGAGGCUCGACUAUUAACUCUUUAGGUUGGAACUGGGCCAUGCAAGAGUUCAGUUGCUGCGGUCCGGAAGACUACACCGAUUUCAUUGGUAGGGGAACCUGGAAAACAGCUGACGGUGAUGGUCCUAAUGUAAUAACACCAACAGCUUGCUGCAAAACCUUGCCUGAAAACUCCGCCGGCGUGGCUACUUGUGCAGGAAACGGCACAAAAACAAUAUCAGAUAUUGCUGCAUUAAAUAACUACAACAAGGGCUGCGUUGACGCUGUUUGGAAACGAGUAGUAGAGGACAAUGAUGACUACUAUUUGACUGUUGUUGCGAUUUGUUUCGCUGCGCAGAUUGCAUUGAUUAUCUUCGCCUGUCUUGUGUACAAGGAUCGAGGAAUCAGUGGAGGACUCGUAUAAAUCAAGCUUACACAUGAUCGUUGGGUGUUUGUAGACUGAUAUUCGUAUUAUGCUGUACUGAAUAAGCCAAUAUAACACAUUUUUACACUCUAUUAAGUUUGAUUGCUUGAAGAAGAAUUUUUAUAUAUUAAUUAACACUUCAGUUUCGUAUAAGUUUAGUUAAGGUAAAAUUUACCACAUUACUUAUAAUAGGUCUUUUUGGGAGGGCCCUCGAUAAUGUUGUUAUAACUUUUGGCCCAAACCUUUAUAUAUUUACCUUAAUUUAUAUAUGUAAAAUAGUGUAUAAUUGUGAAAGUUUAUGUAUGUAUAAACAUAAUAUAUAUAUACACAAUAAAGUAUGUUGAAACUAAUAGGUCAAAACGAUGUAAAGGGAGGCAACUUACAUUGUAUGUGAAGCGCGUGUCUUAAUAAUCAAAGUAAAAUCGAACGAUAGUUUACUUAGACAUUACACUUAGACAUUACACGUCCGUAACUGAUAAAAAGGUUCAAUAGUUAACCGCAAAAUUAUCCGAAGAUUCCCUUGACUUUAAACAAAAAUAUGUUGAAUGUAUUAAUAUAGCUUUUGUUAUAAUGCAUGUUUUUGUUGGUUCAUUCCAAAUUAAAAGACAUAAUCAUUUUA